GCAAUCAGCUGUGAUGCGAAAUGGCUACUGGCACUCGGUCAGUAGUACGAUAUUUAAAAUUGCUUUUAUAACAAUCACAAGUAAAAUAAUAUGUGAUAGAUAAACACUAACAACUCAAGAAACCAUCAACAAUGAAGUACUAUAAUUCUCCCAAUACUGUACCUAUUUGUAGGCUUUAGAGAUAAUAAAUAAUAAGGAAGACGAUCUCAAUUAAGGAAAAAUGCACAAUAUAUUGAUCUAAAACACUGCCUUUAUAAACAUAUUCAGCUAUGACUACCAUGAUGUAUCCGACUUUGACGAAAUCGCAGAGCAUGCGUUCGAAACGCAAGUCUGCCGUCGAGUUGCUAGCCGAAAGCAAACUUUUCUACGUCAAAUCUGAGGUGGUGCGCGAUACCACGCAGGCGCAACCCGCUCGACCGCCACCGAUGUUCGCCAUCGGCCACGCAAGCUACAUGCGCAGCAAGUCUGUAAAUGUCGCCGCGUCGACAAGUAGCUAUAGACCGACGACUCUUCCACAAUACAUGGCAGUAUCGCCGUCAAGAUCGUUACCACCACUAUCUCAUCGUCGCUCAGUAUAUACCGCUAGUAGUGAUUUGUUACAAAAUAAGUUAAGGCAACUUUUAGAUUGUGAUAGCGCCGAAGAAUUAAGCGUAGAACAUAUGGCACCUCUUAGUCCACCCGCUGAAUAUGCGCAACGUUGUCAUAAAAGUUUACCAGAUCUGCACUGUAGAGCGGAGCCUAGUUCGAAUAAGAGUAGCAAUAAAAGCCUUUCCAAUCGAGACAGCGGAGGGUCCAGUGGUCAUUAUACGCAGAGAAGCGAACCGGCUCCUCCGCCUAGACAGGACACUCGUCGAGACUCGGGCUCCAGUACUCAACACAGCGGCGGUAGCUCGUAUUAUUGUUGCCAAGAUCCGGAUUGUCGAUUAACGCGCCAAGGCUACACACCAAUUUCGACGUUUAAGCGGCAAAAAUGUCUACGAUACAAGAAGGAUCGGCCGAUUUUGCGUUCAAAAUCGGACAUUAGCGAUCGCUAUUGGCGGCCCUCCGAUCCUCCGAUCAGUCAUCUGGAGCAAUUUUUCGAACAGUUAGGCCUUACAAGUGAUAGCUACGAAGAUAUGUUAAGUAAUAGUAGAUCGUCGAGCCCCGUGUUUUUCUCGGACGUAUCUACGAUCGAUUCGUGUAGACCGAUCGAUAACAAUGAGUAUUGUCCUUCGUCUUAUAGACCUAGUGAACCCCCUUCCAUUGUAGAACGUAAUGCUCGGAUUAUUAAAUGGCUGUGCAAUUGUCGAAAGUCACAAAUAUCAUGAAUCUGUGUGAAUAGACUGUUUAUUUCGGAUAUGUGUAUGUGUUUCUUGUUUCGGAUAGAAAAGCAAAUCACUUCCAAGUACAAAGUUGUGUUAUGAAAGAUUUUAAUGUUACUAAGUUGUUACUGUUAUAUGUGAUUCGAAAUGUAACUUUCCCGCUACGCAUUAGUUAUUAAUCAAUUUAAUCAAAAUUCGAAUCUGGAUUAAAAUGGUGCAUAAUGGGAGAGGUAGAUCUGAAAAUUUUAUUGCAUUGUAGUUAAGUUUCAAAGUAGUUUAAUGUGACGCUUAGAAUGGUACCUUCUCAAAAUAUUUCGACAAAUUCUCACGGUACUUCACAUUAUUGAAUGCAAAAUUCCAUUCGUGCUACAUUCCUUUACUAACACGUUGUGAGCAUUUAAAGACUGAAAUAUUAACUGCAAAUAUCAUCAAUAGGCAAAUUUUUCCUAUCGUUAUAACGACCAAUCGGAACUUCGUACUAUGCAUUCAUAUAAUGUGAGGUAUUUUACAUGAAGUGGUUUGUAUAAUUUUUAUCAAUAAUAGAUUUUGAGUUCAUUCUUACUGUGUUUUGUAUGUUUGCUUCUCUUUCUCGUAAUAUUAGCAGUAUUGUGUAUUUACAUUUUUAUAAA